AGAGAGAGAGAGAGAGAGAGAGAGAGAGAGAGAGAGAGAGAGAGAAUGCGUGUGUGAUUUGAUUUCAGUGGAUCAUGGAGCAGCGCUCUGACCGCGGUGCGUCGGAGUCUCCUGGCCGCACGGAUGCGCUUCUAACACGGCUACUUUCGCUCCGGAGCGCCGCCGAUCGGAACUAAAGCUGGAGGAUCGGAUCGGUACCGAUGGCUGAUCCUCUGCGGAGGACAAUUCUAGCCAAACUCAGGGGCAAGAAACCCAAAGGGAAAGACGCGAGCAGCGCGAGCCGGCCGAGAGAAGGUAAAGAAAAAGUUUCUCAGACGCUAACAGAGAGAAAUCCCGUUUCGGACGCGAUGAACGCGGAUCCGGUUCCCCGGUGCUCCGGGGGUCCCGCUGACCGAAGCGAACGCACCGAGCCGAAGCGCUUCCACGCGCCGCGGGUCCGCGGAGACUCGAUCGGCUUCGGCGGCUGCGAUUUAAGAGCCAAACGAGAGGCUUUGAAGCGAACAGAUGGUCAAGAUCUAAAGAAUAAAGAGCCAAAUGUUGCAUUGCUCGAGCAAAAGGCCGGGAAAAACAUCGCGCAGCCUCACGUGUUUGAUUAUAUAGACGCGGAAAGCGAUCUGAUUCAGGUUAUAGAGAGUUCGCUGGAGUAUCACGGAGGGUUUAGGAUGCCCGCGUUGCAAAGUCCGACUUUUUUCCCCACCGAUCUGGAAAUAACAUUGGCCCCCGGGCUGAGGGACGGGGCCCCUCGACACCACUCAGUCGACAGCGAGGAUGACGAUUAUUAUGAUAACCAGAUUCUGCCCUUUUACGAGUCCUACACUCAGUUGAGCGAGCGAAAUAAAAAUAUCGGCGAUAUCGGUGAGUCAAUAUCGGCCCCGGGGUCCAACAAAACCGCGCAAGAAACAGACCGACUGAAGUCGCAGCUAAAAGAGGCGUUUUAUUUGCUGAUAAACACCAUGCAUAACAUUAGUUUCGACGGUCAGGUUGAAGAUAACGGAUUCGUGGAUCAGGCAAGUAGCGCGAGUCAAUCCAACGAUAGCGUUAGCGCAGGAAGCGACGCGUCGGAAGAGCGUCGUAACGAUUCCGGGUCGCCGCUGUUCGCUUUUAUCGGGGUGGGCUUGACGGGGUCUUCGCAAAGCAGAAGCUUGCAGAAUAUUCGCGACUCGAACCCCAAACCGAUUCUCCAGCGGUCGGUGAGCGAUAGCAAGGUGAAGUACUCGGCGAAUCGCGAGGAAGGGCCCCGACCCGCGGUCGCAUCGGCACAGGCGACGGACCCCGCGGGAACCCUACGGACGCCUGUUACGACGCGACAAUCCUGCGAUGACGCGACGGUGCCCAAACACCCCGGAGUCACCGUUAACAAGAUGCAGGAGUGGAUGCAGAAAGGUCGCGUGCUUUCGUCCGAAAUGAAGCAGAGGAUCGCUGGUUCUUCGCUGAGAGCCAGUAACGCGAGGCCAAAAACUGCGCGACAGCAGACAGCAGCGAUGGAGUUGUUGGGUCAGCGCCAGGCCUCGUUUAAUCACAUCACGGUGUCUAAAAAGCGUCAGUGGCUCCAGCAGAGCUCCGUCACAGCGCCCCCUGCAGCCGAGGAGGAGCAGACACACACACUCCUGACCGACAGAGAAGCCGAGGAGAACGACGCCGACGACGAGGGAGAGAUCUGGUAUAACCCCAUCCCUGAGGACGAGGAGACGGAUCCCGGCGAGAGCAGAGCUGCAGAUCCAUCAGAGCAGUCCACUGGUGGACUUUCUCCAUCUUCUAGUCCCAACCCAGCUAAAAGGAGCACUACUAUCACCUGGUCUUUUCCUGAUAAAAUCAAGUCACCACGGACUGUCCGUAAACUCUCUAUGAAGAUGAAGAAACUUCCUGAUCUGAGUCGGAAGCUUAGCGUUAAAGGGAACCCAUGUAGCAAUGUGGGCAUCAGCAACUGCCAAUCAGAACCCAGGGCUCACUCACCAAGAGCCAGUGGCAUGACGGAGCUGGGCCAGUCCAGACUGUCCCCUGCAGGUGUGACAACAGCAUUGGCCAGCGGUAAUGUGAUUUGGAGGUACCAUUUGGACAGCAGUGUUUCUACGCAGCACAACUUUGAUAAGAGGAGGAGCAACAGCAGUGGCGUUCCCAAAUCGGCAAGUAAGGGAGGUUACCUAAGCGAUGGAGACUCACCUGAACUUGUCGCCAAAUCAGGAAAGCAUGGAAACUCCGAAAGAAAGAAUGGUAAAACCCGGGACAGGGAUCCAAAUGGGAAUGGCAUUAGUCCGAGGCUCCCUGGUACGGAGCUGGAUAUUGACGCUUUCCGUUCGUAUAGUUUCUCGGAGCAGCCAAAGUGCCUAACUUACAUCUCUGGACUAAUGAGUCUGCAUUUCUAUGGCGCAGAGGACCUAAAGCCACCACGGGUUGAUUCCCGCGACGUCUACUGCGCCAUUCAGGUGGACUCCGUCAACAAAGCUCGCACAGCCUUGCUGACCUGUCGGACAGCCUUUUUGGACAUGGACCACACUUUCAACAUUGAGUUGGAGAAUGCUCAGCACCUCAAACUUGUCGUUUUUAGUUGGGAGUCCACACCACGAAGGAACCGGGUGUGUUGCCAUGGAACUGUGGUUCUCCCGGCCUUGUUUCGUGUAAGUAAGACGCACCAGCUUGCGGUUCGCCUGGAACCACGGGGAAUGAUCUACGUGAAGCUGAGCCUCAUGGAGCAGAGGCAGAACUCUCUUGAUGGCCAGGAGGGAGAUCAUGAAAUGCAGGUGUUCGGCGUAGAGGCCCGGCGCGUGGUGGAGCGGGAACGUUCUGGAUUAAUGGUUCCACUGCUCAUCGAGAAAUGCAUCUCUGAGAUCGAGAGAAGGGGUUGUCAGGUGGUGGGUCUGUAUCGUCUCUGUGGUUCGGCUGCGGUGAAGAAGGAGCUGCGGGAAGCCUUCGAGAGAGACAGUCACGCCGUCGAGCUCUCAGAAAACAACUAUCCAGAUAUUAACGUCAUUACAGGCGUGUUGAAGGACUACCUCCGUGAGCUUCCUCAUCCUCUCAUCACCAAGCCGCUGUACGAGUCCGUUCUGGACUCGAUGGCCAGGAGGCCUCUGCUGAUGGGAAGCGGCGGCUGUGAGAACGAGCCGCUGGACUCGGAUCACGCCGUCGCUCUGCUGGAGAUCCUGCCCGAGGUGGAGAAGGCCACUCUGAGGAAGCUCCUGGAUCACCUGAAGCGCGUGGCGUCCCAUCACGAGGCCAAUAAGAUGACGUGUCAGAACCUGGCGGUGUGCUUCGGGCCGGUUCUGCUCAGUCAGAGACAGGAGGCGUCCUGCCACGGGAAGCGGGUCUUCAUCGACUCCGAGGAGCUGGCCAGCGCUCUGCAUUUCAAGAAGCACAUCGAGGUCCUUCAUUAUCUGCUCCAGCUCUGGCCAGUUGUGGACGCUCAGGGUAAAUCUUCAUCUCCGGUUCCUUCCUCGGUGGAGUCGCUUCCAGCAGUGACGGCUGCCGUAAGGAGGAGAAAAGAGCGUCCACAGGUGCUAAAUCUAAGCGAAGCGGAUAUGGCAGGUGUUUUGCGGCCCAGAGCUGGCCGCCUGGACAGCCCCAGUAAUCGCUAUGCCGGGGACUGGAGCAGAUGCCCGGAAACUUACCUCCAACCGAGCUGCCCGGAGGAGGCAGACUAUGAUGACGUUCCUAGUGAAGAACCUCCGAAUGCAGCACAAGAGGAACAGGAGGACUUAUCGAAGGGUACUGAAGAUGUAGUCUGCGAACAAGAGUUGCCUGGGUUGGACCAGGCAGUGGAGAAGGUUGAGGAGGAAAUACAGAUGGAAGAGGACGUGAGCGAGGAAGAGGAUACAGUAGUUUUGGACAAGCUACAAGUAGAGGAACCUCUUCCCACAAGCCCCUAUGAUCAGAUCCUCCCUGAGCUCCGACCCAAAGAGCACACUUACCAGGCCUACAUGAAGAUCCAGGAGAUCAGCCCAGUCUUAAGCAACAGGGUCAACCUGCGGGACCUGCAGGAGAGCAUCGACACUCUAAUUGGCAACCUGGAGAGGGAGCUCAACAAGAACAAGCUGAACAUAGGGUACUGACUCUUUACAAGGACAGAUGAAAUACGGUGGUGAUUCCCUAGAGACAUCAGCGCUAUGGAACGUUCUGGCUCCCAUGCACACUUGGGAUGCAUGUACAAGAAGACAUUCCUCACUUAUAAUUUGUAUAUUUGUUUGUCUCCUGGUCUUCAUGUUGUUGAUCUCGUCAUUGUUUUUCUUCUUAUGAGAAGAACUCAUUGAACCCUGAGGGGUGCACCAGGUGCCUUCAUUGUGUUAAGGUGGUGCUUACGACAGCGAGAGCUUUUUACUUUCUACGGAGGUACAAAACAUUGCGAUGAAAACCAAUGCACUUAUGGGGCCUGCUUUUAAAUGCACGGCCAGUUCAGGUACAGGUGUGAAGCCUUAUGGUGGGAGAACUAGGUACUGCAGAUACAUCCCUAAACCGGUGGUACUCAGUCCUUCUCAUGUAGAUAUUGAAUUCCCUACUCUAACCUUACGACCCCGAACUUUAUACCUAUUGUGGAGGUGGUGUCAGAUGGUUGUUUGAGAUCCCUGCACUCUACUCUCUAAACUCUGAAUGUUAUAUCCUAACCUAAUCCCGAUCCUGACUGUAUAUAAGGUGUACCCAGUCCUGCUCCUGGAAAGCCAACUUUAUCUCUAGAUCUAAUUAAAGACACUUAAUCCAACUAAUUAAGGUCGUGGGGUUCACUUAAAAAGGUAGAUCACAAAGAAUGGAAUUGAGCAAGUGACCAUGAACACUACAUUAGAGGUCUUGAAUGCAAAUUACCUAGUAAGGUGGUUUUAGGUGGUAGUUUAGGAUACUCCCAAAACUUUUAACUUUUAAUUUUAUUUCCUAACCCUAUCCUAAACCUUACAGUCUAAACAGGGGUGUUUGAUCCAGCUUCCCAUACUCUUUAGUUCCAACCUUUUAAACACACUGAAACCAGCUAAACAAGAUCUUGGGAUUUGCUUAAAGAAGGUAGAUAACUAGGAGCAGGAUUAAACACUCUAUCCCUAGCCUUACAACCAGGGAACCUCAAAUGCAAAUUACCUGGUGAGGAAGUGGUGUUAGCCAGUAGUUUAAAACCUUUGCAACAUACUCCCUAAACUCUGAAUAUUAUAGCCUAAACCUAUACUAAACAUUACACCUUUACCACAGGGUUAAUUCCUGCUCUUGCAGAUCCAGCUUCCUAUAACCACCAAACAAACCUAAACUGCCUAAUCAAGGACUUGGAAUUCACUUAGAAAGGAGGGUGGAUCACCAAAAGUGUAACUGAGCACCCCAACCAAACAGGGAUCCCUGCACCCUACUUUUCCUUAAUCCUAUUCUAAACCUCACAUCCUAACCCAGGGGUGUUUGUUCCUGCUCCUGGAGAUCUAGUUUACAGUAAUCUUCAGUUCCCUCUAAUCACACUUGAAACAGCUAAUUAAGGUCUUAAGCUUCACUUAAAGAGAAGGAGGAUAGAUCACAAGGAGUAGGAUUAAUUACCCUAACCCCAACCCUGUGACCCUGAAAACUACAUCAGCGGUUUGAACACAAAUGACUUAAGUGGUCUUAGCCAGUAGUUUGAAAACCCUGCACCUUUCUCCUCUAAACUGAUUCUUACACUAACUCUGUGCUUUCCCUUCGGUUUGUUCCUGCUGCUGGAGAUCUGGCUUCUUGUAGCCUCCAAAUGCUUUUGAAACCGCUAAUCAAGGUCUUGGGGUUCACUUAAAGAGGAGGAUGGAGCACCAGAAGCAGGAUUGAACACCCUAACCCAGCAACCCUAAAAUCAACAUCAUUAUCCGGUAGUUUCAGAUUCCUGCACCCUACUCCUUAAGCUUACAACCUAACCUUGUCUUAAACCUUGCAUCCCCACCUGGGGGUUCAUUCCUGCUCCUGCAGAUCCAGUUUUCUGUUACCUCCAAACACACAAUCACACUCCACACCAACUAUUUAAGGUCUUGACCUUCAGGUAAAGAGAAGGAGGGAGGGUAGAUCACCAGGAGCAGGAUUAAGUACCCUAACCCCAACCCCAACCCUAACCCGUAACCCUACAUCAGGAUUCUCAAACGCCAAUUAACUACAGUAGUGGUGUUAGCAAACAGUUUAAGGUCCUUGUUACCUGCUCCUCUGAAUGUUAUAUCCUAACCCUAACUUAAUCCUAACCUGGGACGUCCAGUCCUGUUCCUGGAAGGUCACCUUCAGCUCCAGCUCUAAUCAUACUCUUUAACUACUAUAUUUUAGCAUACAGAUAAAUGUGUUGAAGAUAAACUUUGCAUAAAGGUGGUUCUCCAAGACCAGUAUGGGACACCCAACACCCUUUCCAUUCAGGGAGCGACUAAAACGCUGCUGGUCUAGUUGAGGUUGUGGUCGUAUGAGAUUAAAACAGUGACAGUUUUUUUGCUUGUAAAAUACUUCAAAUGUCUCUCUAAACAAGCUAUGGACAGCUGAACGCAAAUAUGCUUGUAGUAAGUAGUAAAAUAAAUAUUUAAUAAUAGUUAGACAGAACUUUAAUGUAAGUUUCUGAGAAUUAAUUUUAAAAGUAACUUAAAAUUGCUGACAUUUAUUUUACUUUUGAUGGGCGCUCCCUAACCACAAACUGAAUGGGUAUCAUUUCACUCAAAAUGUAAAAAGCUAUCUAAAUGGUAACUAUGGUAACAUGUUGACGCCACGACAACACUCAGCAAGUCCAGGGAUACAAACUCAUCAGUAUUUGACAGACACAUGUAUGUAUGAUUGAAAAUAGUCAGAAUAUGUAUUUUUGAUGACGUACACUUCAGUUUGUGCAUAUUUAAAUGUUCGUUGGCUACCUUGUAGUAUUUGGCCUGUAGAUCAGCCUUAAAUAAAUAAAAAAUAAGAUAUAUAUUUUGUCGGAUAUAUGUAAUGAUAUAACUCACAGUCAGAACAGCGAGGGAUUCUGGGUAUUUUUGUGGUAAGAAAUUUGAGCAUUGCAUGGUCAAAAGCUUUACAGUCAAAAAGUAAGUGUUUCUCAGUGUCUCCUACAGCGGGAUGUAUUUAUGCGUGUAGAUAGAGAUUAUUUUAAAUACAGUGAAAUUCUGUUUUCUUCCAUUUGGCAGCUGCUCAACGUUUAUGGCUCGGUUGUAAACUUGCAGGUCUUGUGAAAGAAAGACUGAAUCUUUACACGAGCAGUUUGUUUUUUUCGAUUGUGCUUCUCGCCUGACGAUGCUACAGUUUUGAUUGAAAAUAUAACUUUAAACGAUCUAAAUAAAAGUUGCACGGCAAAUAGAAGUAGAAUCGGAUGUAAUAAUUUGGGUUACAGGAUGUAAACCGGUUGUGUUCUCACCAAAUCUAGAAUUUAAAAGCAAAAACAGUCAUCUAAUGUAUAUGUGUGUGUGUGUAUAUAUAUAUAUAUAUAUAUAUAUAUAUAUAUAUAUAUAUAUAUAUAUAUAUAUUAGGCAAUAUGAUACAUGCAUACAGACUUCUCAUUUGAAUGCAUAUGAAUAAUAAUAAUAAAUGUAGGAUAUGAACUAUUCCAGUUUGUAGAUUUCAGUAUGCAUGCUUUUAAAUGUAUAUUGAUGUGAAUCUAGUGUGACCACACCUUUGGAGUGUUUGGUUUGACCUGGUUUCUUAAAGUCUGAUUUGCGAUCAGAUUCCUGAUCUCCGGUCAGCAAGAAGGAAACUUGUGAGCUGCUUUGAUAAACAUUCCCCUGUUUUUUUCUCCUUUGUCUCUGCUGCGGUUUUUGUAAAAGUUUGGUUGUGCUUCGAUGAGCGUACGACUAAAGCAGAUAUUCUUUGUACUGAUAUCGAGAAGUAUAUGAUCACAUUAAAGUUUAUGUUUCAUGCA